AUGGCUGGUGAUGGUGGCACGUUGGACGUGGCCCAGCUGAUACAAGCAGCUACAGACGCUGCUCGUGCUGCUGCUGAUGCGGCUGCAGCUUUGAGAGAUGUUCAGGCUAGUCGUGGAACUGGUUUGAGUGGAAAGGGGUUUAGUGAAGCCUCAAAAGUCAUUAGACGACCUGACCCGUUUGGUUCUGAAAACCACGAAGAAGAUCUUAGCAAGUGGCAAGACUUCACAGUGAACUUCAAAGCUUGGUUGUUCUAUGGUGAUAGUGGUUUUGAAAGUGACCUUCAUAGAGUCGAGACCAACUAUGCCUCAACUUCAAUAGAGUUUCCUAGAUCCGAGCCCAAUGACGUUCAAGAAAGAUGCAAACAGCUUUUCAACAUCCUUACGGGGAUCCUUUGUGGCAAGCUGUUGCGGCUACCGCACCAGACUUCUGAGAGAAAUGGUUUCGAGGUUUGGAGGAAAUUGGUGCAACUCUUUUCACCAAAGACCAAAAGCAGGUCGAUUUCCUUGCUUGCUGCGUUGAUGAAUAUUCCAGCCUUCAGCCUGAAGGACAAAACCCUGAUGGACCAGAUUUUAGGCCUUGAACGUUUGAGAACUGAGUAUAUGAGAUCUUCUGGAACUGAUGUGGCUGAUGACCUGAUGUUGAGCAUCCUGGUCAAGUCGUUGCCAAAGGCAUUGCAGACCCACAUUCAGCUGCAGAUGACAGAGCACUCAACGUAUGCCCAGGUCAGGGAACUUGUCCUCAGCUAUGAGUCGGUGACAACCACUUGGAGCGCUGGUCGAAUUCCUAGUGAACUUGGCAUUUUGCCAUCCAGCUCUGAGAAAGGCAAGAAGGGCAAAGGCAAAGGAAAGCACAAAAGUAAAGACUCUUCAUUUUCCAAAGGAAAGACUAAGGGUAAGUUUGACAAAGGUAAGGGAAAGAGCAAACAAGAUGUUUCAAAGCCACGUGCGGCUACCAUGAGUGAUCAGUGUUUACAUUGUGGUAAAUAUGGGCAUUUCAAAAGAGACUGUUGGAAGUUGCAUGGGAAGCCCACCAAUACAAAGAAUGUGAAUCAAGUUGAAGAGAUGCAAAACGCUGGAAGCUCUAGCAGUGGUGCUUCUUCAAGCGCUGCCUCAACAACCAUGACCUCAGCUACUGGCUCUGUGCGUUUGCUUUCUUCAUAUGUUGGCCCCAUCGUUGAAGAACUUCCCAGCAGUGAUGAGCUUGCCUUCACGGUUCACCGUGGGGACUGUUUGAAGUCGCUUGGCCCUCUGGGGGGCUUGGGUGGGGAUCUCGCCCCUCGGCAAAGGCUGAAGGAAAUCUUUGGUGAUCUGAAAUACCUGUGGUAUUCGUUUGAUGAUGCGGCUGGUGCCCAAGACCUUUUGCAAGGUAUUUUGACAGAGACGGAGUGGGCUGACUUUGGACAGUUGGGUGUUGAGGGACUGGUUGCAUGGCAUACCAAGUAUGGACCACAGGUCAAGAGGCAGCGUAUCCUUGACCGAGAACUGAGUUUCGAGUUUUGUGCACAUCCCAAACGGGACACAGUAGGCACCAUACAAGAAACUUUUGAGCAAAUCAUGAAGGAGGAUCCCCGUUUUAUGUUGGACACUGUGAAGCGUUCCCAGCGUAGGUCUUCAACUGGGGAAGGACCGGAGACGAGAGCGGCCAAAGAACAACAAGAGAGAGACAGAUAUGCAUUAGAGCUUGCAGGCAUUUUACAGGAGGCCGUUCUGCCGGUGAGUCUCCAGAUAGAGGCAUUGCAGGAUCCGAACAAGGCUUGGCUACGACUGUUUGGUGCAAGGCGGUCAAAGACCUUGAGGAUGGCCAGGACGAAGACCACUGGAGGCCAUAGCCCACGUCAUUUCCUGACACAGGCGGCAGCAUCGUUAGGAGUGGACAAGACUAAGCGGGACUUCCUUGGGAGAUGGUCGAUAGGACGAACAGGAAGCAAUGCAUACUUGCAUACAUCACGUCAAGUGGUGGAAGAGGUUCAGCAUUUGGUCAGGGACUCAAUUGUGUUGGGAGCCCGAGCGUUGGAUGAGUCAGAAUUGUUGGAAGAUAUCAUGCAUUUUGCAGACAAGCAUGAGCUGGUAGGGCAGAGAGUCAGGAGACGCCACACGCAUGACUACAAGAGAGCCAAUGCUGGUGAGGUUUACGACACGUUUGAUUCGGAUGUUGAACAGGUAGACGUUCAGGAGAAACAACAGGUCAUGGAGGCCGUGCAACGAGAGGCAGGUGAGAACCCAAUUCAUUUGGGUUAUUUUAUCACGACGUCGAGGAGGACAGGGUUUAGACGAUUACACAUGCAUGGCAAGUGUCCGGUGCGCUCAGACAGAUGCAUCGACAGCACUGAUGUUGACAAUGUUCAGGAUGCAGCAUAUGAUGCUAUUUGCAAGAUUUGUCAACGUAAGAUUUCAGAAGAGUUGGGUCGCAUGACAACUGACCAUGAUGCAUCGAGCGAUUCAGGCGAUUCAUCCUCUACGGAUACAUCCGGAGACGAGGCAGAGGCUGAAGAGGCCGAGGCUGGAGAGGCAUCAGAAUGGGAAUACUUGCGAAGCAACGUCACUUCUGAUCUGCAGUAUGUUUGGGAUGAUGCCGAAAUCCCGUUAGCGCUUCAGUAUGAGAUGGCCCAGCACUACAAGUCGCUGAGGGUCUUUACAGCCAUAGGAGAAAGUUCCGCAGAUGUGCGGACUGCGGUCCAAGCCGACUUCAACUUGGACCCAGCAAGAGACCCAGCGCUGCGGGCACAAGUAGCGCAGGUGGUGGCAGCUUGGAAUGCAGGAAAAGAGCUAUACACCAAAGAGAAAGAGAUCCAAGCCGAAAGCAAGGUUCUUGGGGUCCCCCGUCACCUUCAGCACAGUGAGAGAUUGGCAAUGCUUAAGGCAGUCGAGAAGGCCCUAGGCCACCUCUCCGACCACGAGACACCCAGUGCGGAAUACCUUGCUUUGAAGGUUGAAGAAUGCGAGAAUGGAGAAUGUACAGCAGCAAGCCUGGAUGAAGUGUCUUCCAAAGCUGACCGCAACACAUCAGCUCUGCAAACAUCACUGGACAGCACGGGCCAUGUGAGGAUCACCAAAACAAAAUCCAAAGGCCGGCUUCCAGAAAGCACAGAAGAAUACCGGAGGUUGAUGAAAUUGGAGGCCACAACAUGGCUGUGUAUGUCCUCAAAAUUCAAGUCAAAGCACUUCUUGGCAGGUUUGAAGAUGGAGGACUUCAAUCGCUUUGUGGAGUUCGUGCUUGGAGAAAAGGUACAUGGUAUCAAAGUGCCUAUUGAUGGACAGCAGCAGCCACUGCGUCCACCCUUUGCCCUGGUGCUGCAAUUUGAGCACCGUUUGCGGCGAGAAGCCUUCAAACUGGUCAACAAAGGGGAGAAGACAUUGGCAGAGGCCUUGGAGGCCGUUACAAAGGAUGCUGAGCUCAAGGAGUCAUAUUUUACCACCCCUUUGGCUCUGACCAACCAUGACCCAAAUCGACAUGGCGGUCAGCGCUCCUUCAACAACACCUACGACAGCAAGAAGGGCAAGUCGAAGGGGUUUGGCAAAGCAGACGUCAAGCACUACCUCCAGGAGUUUGGCUUGGAGCACGAAUUUUCUUUGCAUGUUACGGAGGUCGAUGUGGAACGUUCAAAUUUACAGCUGGCACAAGAUCACAACUAUUUGGUGGACCAGACCAUCGCCACUGCACACAAAUGCUUUCAAUGCAAUGCAGAUUUUCUGAUCGAACAUCCCGAAGAUUUAGGGGCAUGCCAUGGUGAAUGGCCCGCUAGUAUUUGGCAGUGGGAAACAAUGCAACAGCUACAACAAGCCACAAAAGCCACGACUUGGGCAAUUUUCCAGUGUCAUUUUGACGCGCCAUCGCCCAAGCCAACCAGGUUUCUUUCUACCCUCAAGCCUUGCCAAGACCUACCACAUGCCACGUGGCCAGUUUUCGACAAAGAACGACAGUACCUGGGCCCCUUGCCUACAUUUUGUGGACACUCCACGCAUGCCAAGCGCCUUUUGGGCCAACUACCCAGCGGAAAGUGGGCCACCGAGGGUUCUGCUGCCUACCCUCCGGCGCUUUGCAAAUACCUGGCCGAGCUCAUCGCCAGCCGGGUGGGGCGCGCAAGGACCUCUUCACUCGGCCUACAUGCUGGGCCCAUUACAGAGGCUGAGCCGACAACUACAACCACUACAGUUGCAGCUGGAUCAGCAUCUACAGUCACCACGGAUAGUUUGGACCAACCGGACGACUCAGACACCAACACCCAGAGACCGGAAGCUGGGGAAGACGCGUAUCCAGCUCGAGAAGGGCCAGAAGAGGCUCGCAAUAGAGGAAAGCCUUUGGUAGUGGAAUGGGGCGGACGAUCCAAACCGUUCGUUGAUGGGUUUGGUCUUUGCUCUGCAAACCGUUGGCGCCCAGAGGAUAGAGGGGCAUACCUUAGCAUGGAGGCACAACAGAUGGGACGAAAGUUGAAAGAGCUCCUGCAGGAGUUUGUGGUGUCGCAGAUCGGCGACCUAAGGAAGGAAGCUUUUCACUUGGCUUUGGGGAGGCUGCAGGGUUCGCCGUUUUCAGAAAGUGCGCUGCAGAAACUUAGGGAGAGAUGGGCCCAGCUUUUGCCAUCCCCCUCUAGCGCCAUGGAGCUCACGGAGGGCCAACCUUUCUUCCUUCACCUUUUGGCGCAAACGCUAGAAGUUAUGGAGGACCCUGACUACCAGGUGCUGGUACAAGACAGAGAGUCGUUUGCAACGGGCGUGCCAGUUGGACUAGAUGAACCGCUGCCGAGGGUUCCUGCUGUGUUUCCACCAAAGGAGAAACACCGCAAGCUGGACGAUUCGGACUAUAUCCCCUUUUCAGAAAACUAUAAGUCGGCGGAGCUGGUAGCAGAGGAGUUGGAGAACAAAUUUAGAGAAGAAGAAAGGCUGGGGAGGAUGUAUCCGACCACGCUUGCGGCCUUGAAAGCAAAACACCCUGACCGGGAAGUGCUGGUGGCUUCCAUGGGGGCCAUAGAGAAACCCAACGGUGACAUCCGUCCCAUACACGAUGCCACCCACCAUGUUCAGCUCAACAACAGGAUAGUUUUCAGAGACCAAUUACAAUACCCUGGGCCGGAAGACGCGGCUGGUGUCAUACGGGAGGUGACCGAGACCAGGGAGGCCAGGUUUUCCAUUUCAGCUGAUAUCAAGUCGGCGCAUAGGCUGGUGAAAUUGCGGAGCAGGGAUCACCCUCUCAUUUGCUGCAAAGCUUCUUCGGCCUCCGACACCAUCUGGGUCAACAAGGUGGGAACCUUCGGCGUUUCAAGCGCCUCCUAUUGGUGGACGCGGCUCAUGGGAACAGUUGGAAGGCUGGUGGGCAAUGCUAUGGGGACGGAAUGCAACUACCAGCUCAUCUGCGUAGAUGAUUUGCAUGUUGUGGUUUUCGGGGAACGCAAGUUCCUGACCUUGUGGAUGAUGCUGGCAGCCUAUCUGGACUAUGGACGAUGCAAGAUGGGAGUGACAGCCAAACGUGGCCUUUGGUUGCUGAAUUUCAUAAAGGAGAUGGAAGAAGCACGCUACACAGUGCACAUGCGUCGCUUCGGGGAGUUCCUUGGGAGACUCGCUUUCCUUGCCCGAGUCCUGGUCUGGCUGAAGGCGCACCUGGCACCCUUGUAUAGCUGGGCAGCCGCUCUGGCAAAAGGAACGGUCGCCACGGCACCGCGCAUGGUGGUCCUGGUUCUCAAAUUCAUUUCCAGGCAACUUGCAGAUUGCAGUUUUAUGUAUUCAUGCCAUAGGCCCAUCCGUUUGCUGGAAGAACAGUUUAGGACAGAUGCGACGUGCGCUCAAGGGGUUGUCGUUUUGGGUGGGCACCAUCUGGCUACGGGCCGCUGGUUUUCACUUCGUUUGGAGCCCGAACAGGCGCCCUACCUGUUCAAGCCUGAUGGAGAGAGCAGCUGGGCUUCAGCGCCAGCGGAGUUGCUGGCCACCACCGUGGCACUUGUUUUGUUCAACUAUGGAGAAGGGAGAGAAAGAAUGACCGUUCCAGUUUACUUGGCAGCAGGCACAGACAACCAGUCGAAUGAGGCCCUUCUCCAGAAGGGAAGUUCUACUAAGUUUCCACUGGCCUUGAUCAACAUGCAGUUGACGCACAUGCUCAUGCGUUGGGGGAUGCGGUUGGAGCUGCGAUGGCGUCCCCGGGCCGAAAACGAUCUAGCUGACAAGCUUACCAAUGAGGACUUCAGCCAGGUGGAAAUGAAACUGCGUUUGGAGUGCAAGUGGGAAGACUUCGAUUUUAGCCUGCUGCGCGAGCUUUGGGAAGCGAGACAUGAGUUCAUGGACAAGGCCUUCACGGUUCACCGUGGGGACUGUUUGAAGUCGCUUGGCCCUCUGGGGGGCUUGGGUGGGGAUCUCGCCCCUCGGUGCUUUAUAUGCUCUCUACGAGUCCACGGGGCUUCAUUGUUUAUUCUGACCUUUGCCGACGACAACAACAUCGUCUUUCAGUAUUUCAUAUUCUUACUGCUUCUGCCCUCUCUUUCAUUGCGGGCAGUGCGAGUUGUUUCUGGUGCCUCCUUUCAUUUGACAAUGACACCGGUAUUUCAGAUGCUCCACCUUUAUGCCACCCUGAUCCUUUUACAUCAGAAGGCUUGGAAACUUCGACAUUCCCUGGAUGAACGAGAAGACUAUUUUGAAGAGACAGGGUCUUUCUAUCACCCUGCUAUUGUGGCCCUGGCACGGACACACUUGGACUCACUGAUCUCGUGGUGCCACCGCUCUCUGGUUUUCAUUCAUCGAGCCCUUAUUUCCUCCUCUAGAGAUUUGACUUGA